AUGGCUGAUAUUGACGAGGCUAUCGAACAUGCGAAAAAGUCGACUGCCGCCGAGCCAACAAACGUCGAAUACUUAAAACAACUUGGAAACCUUCUAAAUGACAGACAUGUUAGCACUGGUAUGCUGGUGGAUCUUGAUGCGUCUAUUCUUGCGACCAAGCAAGCUAUCGAUGCGAUAAUAAACGACGAUAUCGAUUUGGCAGACUGCUCGAACACCCUCAGUUACCGGCUUCAAGACAGAUUUCUAAUCACGGAAGAUAAAACAGACCUUGAAGAGGCUAUGCGAAUGGCACAAAAGGCGGUCGAGCUAACGACGACGUUACGGUCUGGUAAUGCGAAAUACUUGAGUAAUCUCGCUGCGUCAUUUAAGAUCAGGUUCUCGGUUACGGGAGAGCCAAGGGACAUGGAAGACGAUAUUUUCCUGGCAAAAAAGGCCUUUUCUGUGACGGAAAGCAGUGACCUGGAACUACCCAAGUGGCUAAAUAAUCUUGGAAAUCAUCUCAGCAACAGAUACUUGGUCACAGGUUCCAUGGAGGACUUGGAGGAAGCAAUCAAUUUGAACCGGCGUGUAGUUGUCACGAAAUUAGACAUCAAACUGCAAGCUCUUUUCUUGAACAACUUGUCGGCCAAGUUAGAUCUCAAGGCCGAAGUCACUGGUAAUUCGAACACAUACGAGGAGGCAAUCGAAGUUGCAAAAAAGGCCCUCGCCCUGACGCCAGAUGGACAUCCAGAUCAGGCAAAAUGGUUAAAUAACCUCGCGACUCAUCUGAUAGAAAAGUUCGACAGAUCGUGGGACUUGAGCGACUUGCAAGAUGCCAUCAAUGCCGCAAGCAAGGCUUCAGAUCUGACGCUGAACGGGCCUACCAAGGCUCGAUAUCUCGAAGUGGUCGCAGGUAGCUUGAAUUGCAAAUACGAAAACAUGGGCCUGUUGACAGAUCUAAAAGAAGCUAUUCGCUUGACUGAAAUGGCUCUUGAAAUGCUUCCCACUCACCAUUCAAAAAGGCCACAAGUCGCCUCCACCCUUUCAGAUCUUCUUAGUAACAUGUACCUGCGAAACGACACGAUCCAAGACUUGGACAGAGCGAUAGAACUGUCCAGAGAGGCUGCUGAUGCAAAUUCCGAUAACAUCCCCUACAAAGCAAUAUAUCUCGACAGGCUUGCAAUGCAACUGAACCUCAGAUCGACAAGAUCUCGGACAGACCCUCGCCUUUGGAAGGAUUUGGAAGAGUCCAUACAACUGGAGAGAAUGGCAAUUGCCAUCGCAGACAAGAAUCGCCCAACCUGGUCUUUCAAGAAUAACCUACAGUCUAUGCUCAUCAUAAAACUCCAGAGAGAAGUACUCGACGAAAUUCCAAAAGACCAUCAAUACCGAUCGGAAAUGCUCAACACCCUAGGUUAUCGUCUCAGAGAUGCAGCAAAUAACGAUGAAGAUCUUGGUAAGGCUUCAGAGUGUUUUCUCGAGGCGUUGCAGACCACGAAUGCUCCUACGAUAACUCGAAAAGCUUACCAAGCUGCGCAAGUCAUUAUGGGUCUUUUACCUCAGUUGAUCACGAGAUCACAUGAGACCUCGGAUAAACAGCACGCUGCGGGCUCGAGAGCUGGUAUGACUUGUAGUGCUGCUGCUGCAGCGUUACAAGCAGAUAGUCCACUCUUUGAGGCACUACAGGUGCUUGAGCUGGGGCGCGGUGUGCUUGCAAAGUACAGCGAGGAGAUGUUGUUCGAUCCAGUCAAAUUAUGUCUUCUAUCACCGGAACAAUCCAAGGCUUAUAGCCAGCUUCGCGAUGAAUUGCAGGUUUCCAACACUUUCAGCCAAGAGUUAUCUCUCCAGGGUCACAUUUCGCAGAUGAAUAAGCGUCACAGUGCGGCCACCGAACUGGAGGAGUUGAUCGUUGAGAUACGAAAGUUUCCUGGAUUUGAAGACCUCUGGACCGCACCGGCGGAGGCAGAAAUGUUUGAGGCUGCUAAGUGUGGUCCCGUCGUCGUCAUCAAUAUUAGUGAUGGUCGAUGCGAUGCGAUUAUCAUCACCAAAGAUCAAAUGCGGUCUUUGGCGCUUUGCAAUAUUACAAACGACCUCCAUCAAUUUGCUCGCAAGGGUGACUUUGGCAGCUCAAGAAUUCUAGAAUGGAUGUGGGAUAAUAUCACUAAGCCAAUAUUGGACGCUCUUGGCUAUUCUCAGCCUCCUGAUGAGAGUGCAUGGCCUCACGUGUGGUGGAUACCUACGGACUUGUUGACUCUUUUCCCCCUACACGCUGCAGGGUAUCAUCGACGAGAGUCAUCAGAAACUGUCAUUGAUAGGGUAGUUUCAUCUUACGCAUCUUCCAUCAGGGCUAUCAACCGUGGUCGCCAGAACGAGAUUUCAACACGGUCAACUAGCACGAUUGUACCGCGAGCGAUGCUUGUAGGCAUGCAAUACACUCCAGAAUGCGGACCAUUGCCCUUUGCAAACAAAGAAGUGGAUAUUGUGCAAGAGCUAUGCAAGUCACUUGGUCUAGAGACUGUUCGACCUAGUCCACGGAAAGAAGAUGUCUCUAAGGGCUUGUUAGACUGCAAAGUAUUCCACUUCGCAGGUCAUGGCGCCACCGAUGAGGAAAAUCCUUCCAACAGUCAUUUACUCCUGGAAGACUGGAAAGAAGACCGAUUUUGCGUCGCUGACUUACAACGAAUGAACCUGCGGGAACACGCACCAUUUCUCGCGUAUCUAUCUGCCUGUGGCACUGGACAGAUGAAGCGGUACAACCUGGUUGAUGAGAGUAUCCAUUUGAUCAGUGCCUACCAGUUGGCUGGCUUUCGUCAUGUCAUCGGUACGCUGUGGAAGGUGAGUGAUCAAUGUUGUGUGGAUAUAGCUAGGGUAACGUAUGAGAGCAUGAUUGAUUCAGGGCUGAGUGAUCAAGGUGUCAGUUGGGGGCUGCACAGGGCUAGUAUUGAGCUUCGUGAUAGAUGGGUCAAGGGGCAGAAGCGAGAGAGAAGCUCGUUGGAAAGAGCAGUUCGGGUCUUGAGAAAUGACGGCAGUAAUGUUGCUAGAGACGAAAAAUACUGUAAUGAUGAGAGUGGGAGAGAUAUCGUGAUGAUAGAAGACGAUGAACCUGAAGUUGGCGAGCAGUUACAGUGGGCACCUUAUGUUCAUUUUGGGGUAUAA